AUGAAAUAAAUGCAAAAAAAAAUAAUUCUUUGUCAUUUUCUUCUAGUACUUACAAGUGCUUUAGAUUGUAGUAAUAUCAAUGGCAGCUGGAAUGGGUUUAUAACUUUUGAAGUGUUAAAUCCUGUUGAGUAGAUAUGCAACUUUUAUUCUAAGUUUACAUUUCCAACUGAUAUCAAUGUGCAAGGAAGUAAUAUUCUUAUAUCAGGAACUGUUAAGGAUAAGCAAACACAAGUAGAUGAACUUUUGCCAUGUAUUAACUAAUAUAUGUAGGGAGUUCUCAAAACUUUUUUUGGUACAUGCUAAAAUAACAUUUUGAAUCUCAAUUCUUAUGGUUCUCCAUAUUCUGGUAUUAUACUUGGAAAUCAAAUUAUAAUUACAGGCGCAAUGGCACAAACAGGAGUAGGAUUAACAAUAAUUUUAAAAAAAUGA